GCGGAAGUGGCGGGACAGGAAGAGGACACCGGACGUGGCCGUCGUCAUGGCGGCGGCGACGGCUUAGGCCAGGCUUGGUGGAUUCCUGAGCCGCUGGGAUGACGCAGGCAGAGUUACGGCUCUGCUCCCUCCUGCUCCAGGAGCACUUUGGGGAGAUCGUGGAAAAAGUCGGGAACUCCCUGCUCCGGACGGGACCGCGGCCGCUGCGGCUCCUGGUGGGGGACACGGGGCUGCUCCCGGAUCAGGUGAAAAAGGCCCUUUGUGUCCUAAUCCAGCACAACCUGGUACGGUACGAGGUGCAGCCCCGGGGAUCCGUGGAAUAUGAGGCAAGGAGCGAGCGCAUCCUGCGGAUCCUGCGCUACCCCCGCUAUAUCUACACAGCCAAGACGCUUUAUGGGGAUCCAGGGGAGCUGCUGGUGGAGGAACUUCUGCUCCAUGGGCACCUUCCCAUGAGCUGCGCUGUUGCCAGGGUUGCUGAUCGCCUCACUGAAACCAUGGAAGAUGGGAAAACCAUGGAUUACACAGAAGUGUCCAGCACAUUUGUGCGCCUGGCAGAUACCCACUUCAUCCAGAGGUGCCCGAUAGUCCCAGAAAGCCCCCAGAGUGCCAAGGCACUGCCGCGCUCUGCGCCUGCCCUGGCUAUUGACGAGAAGGACAUGUACAUUGUGCCUCGGCUCAACCUUGUUGGGAAAGGGAAGCGGAGACACUCGUGUGACAAGGAGGAGGAGGGGGAGCACAAAACCAAAAGACAGAAGCAAGACGGAGGAAGCUCAGAGACUCCCCCAGAUGAUGGCAUUUACUGGCAAGUCAACCUGGAGCGCUUUCACCAGCACUUCCGUGACCAGGCUUUGGUCAGUGCUGUGGCCAGCCGCAUGGACCAGACCAGCAGUGAGGUGGUGCGGACGAUGCUGCGCAUGAGCGAGGUGACCACAGCCUCGGGUGCAUCCCACACGCAGCCCCUCUCCUCCAAUGAGAUAUUCCGAUCUCUUCCAUCUGGGUACAACAUUGGGAAGCAGGUGUUGGACCAGUACCUGGCACUCCUGGCCGACGACCCGCUGGAAUUUGUGGGGAAGUCGGGGGACAGCGGUGGGGGCACCUACACUGUCAAUCUGCACAAGGCCCUGGUGUCCCUGGCCACAGCCACGCUGGAGUCCAUUGUGGAGGAGAGGUUUGGCUCCCGCUGCGCCAGGAUAUUCCGCCUGCUCCUGCGCAAGAAGCACCUGGAGCAGAAGCAGGUGGAGGAUUUUGCCAUGAUCCCAGCCAAGGAAGCCAAGGACAUGCUCUACAGGAUGCUCUCAGAGAACCUGGUGUCCUUGCAGGAGAUUCCCAAGACUCCGGACCAUGCUCCAUCCCGCACCUUUUACCUGUACACGGUGAAUGUGAUGGCCGCUGCUCGGAUGCUGCUUCACAGAUGCUACAAGAGCGUGGCUAACCUGAUGGAACGAAGGCAGCAUGAGAUGCGGGAGAACAAGAGGCUCCUAGAGAAGUCCCAGCGUGUGGAGGCCAUUCUGGCCUCCAUGCAGGCCACGGGUGCUGAGGCGGCGCAGCUGCACGAGGUCGAGGAGAUGAUCACAGGUCCUGAGCGGCAGCAGCUUGAGACCCUAAAACACAACGUCAACAAGAUUGAUGCCAGUGAGAACCAGGUGGAUGAGACCAUCUUUGUGCUGGAGUCAUUCAUUGAGAGCACCACGAAGAGGCCAUGAGGGAACAGGACGGGAACAAGGACAUGGACACAAACAAGGACAGGGGUAUGGAUGGGGACGUGAAUGGGGACGGGGAUCAGAUGCCUCUGCCCACAGUGCUUGUGCUGCUGAGGAGAAUAAAGCAACAGUUGCUAAUGCA